AUGGACAAAGUGACCGCAGCUAUUGCAGAUGCACGGGCAGUACAAAAUCCUUUAAUGAUGGGCGCGAUGCCGUCGAACCAUGCGCCAAGAGCAGCCCGUCAUAGACAUGAGAAAGCUCAUCUAAUGAAGCGGAUGGAUCGAAAGAGCGGUAAAUGGACAACGAACCAUCCACGAUACAGACUGCUCGAAGCACUUUGGGCAUACACCCGAUAUCGUGAGCGACACAUGGCUGAGCUUGAUCGAUGGCGGACCUUGUACAAGAGCACACUAGAAAGUACUAUUGGGUACAAGAAGAAGCUAGACGAGAUUGAAGGAUUGAUUCUUGCCAACGCAGCCAUUUGCAAGGAUAUGGUCCAGAAUGCCAUGCAGUUCUACAGCAUUGAGCAGAAAGAGCUCGAUGCUCACAUGACACUGGCGGAGAAGGAUGGGCGUCAAGCAGAUAGGUUUGCUACCUCGCAAACGCUAAAACAUUAUGUGCGAGAUUGGGCAGACGAGGGGCUGAAGGAGAGAAAUGAAGCCUUUCCAUGCAUUUUGAGCAUGCUGAAAACCAUCAAGUCAGAGUAUCCAGACGACACCAAACUCAGCGUCUUGCUCCCAGGCUCUGGAUUAGGUCGCCUCGGCCACGACGUAGCCAACCUAGGCGGAUUCGAAGUAACACUCAACGAAUGGUCCAUGUUCAUGAACGUCGGCUACCGCUACAUGGACGCACAAACCCGCGCUCACACACUAACCGUCCACCCCUUUAUAGACGCAAUGUCGCACCACGCCACAACAACCGACAUGCUGCGCCCCAUUUCCGUCCCAAACACGGUACCGCACCCCGACGUCCUCGUCGUCGAAGGCGACUUCAACACGGUGCUCAACGACAAAGAAGCCACCUUCGACACGCUCGUCACCCACUUCUUCAUCGACACGGCGCGCAACCUCAUGGCCUACUUCGACACCAUACACCGACUGCUCAAGCCCGGCGGCCGCUGGAUCAACUUUGGUCCUUUGCUCUACGGCACCGGCCCUCUUGUCCAGCUCAGCCUCGAAGAAAUCAUUAGCGUCGUCGAAGCCAUGGGCUUCGUCUUUGAAGAUAUCGACCCCCAAUGCGGCGCCUUAACGUUUGAAGGGGCGAAGGUCAGGAGCAAGGAGGCCGAGUAUGGGUUUAAUCUUCGGGCGUUGACGCGGCACGCGUAUUUGGCUCAGGUUUGGAUGGUGAGGAAGAUGUGA